AUGAAUGAGUCGACAAUGACUGCAAGACUCCUUGGAAGAUUGUACUAUGACAAGGGUGGAAAGAGUAAGUGGAUGGGAACACUUGUUCAACUUGGUGGUUUCCCUAUUCUGCUUCCUUAUUACUUCAUCUCAGCACCAAAAAACCUCACCACAAAGAAUAGCAUUCAUCUAAAUCAGCCACCUGCUUCACUGCUAGCAUUUAUCUACGUCUCACUUGGCCUACUUCUGGCAUUAGAAAAAGUAUGUGAUAGGAUUCAUAUACAGCUCGUGUAUGGACUGUGGCUUUCCCUGAAGCAGCUCGUGUUCAAAAACGUUGUAAAAGGGAAAACAUUCAAAGUGGUCAUGGACAUGAUAAUAUACACAUCUUUUGUUGCUACCUGCGCUACUGUAGUGGGACUUUUUGCAAGUGGAGAAUGGAAUGGUUUGAAGAAUGAAAUGAAGGAGUAUCAGAUAGGGAAGGCUUCAUAUGUGUUUAAUUUCACUUUCACAGCCAUAUUUUGGCAACUCUUUACAAUUGGUUGUUUGGGGCUAAUUAGUGAGAUUUCUUCCCUCUUCUGUAAUGCCAUAAGCGUUUUGAGAGUGCCUCUUAUUCCAAUGUUGGCUCAGUACAUCAAUGACACCAAGUCCGAAAACAGAAACACCUGUCAUGUUCCAAAAGCUUCUGCGCCACAAGAUGAGGUUCAUAGAUGUGUUAGAUAG